AUGCAAUCCCAGCCCCUCCGCCACGCCACCCAACCCACAUUCUCCGCUCGAAAAACCCCCCAUCUUAAGAACCAGCUUCGCAAGCCACUAUUCCGCCUUCCCCGCCGCGCCACACCUACCUUCUAUCCAAGCGUGCAUGCAAUGGACCGCGCUUUCAUCUUCUCAGUGCUGCUCUCUUAUUCCAAGGUAAGAGAAAUCUCAAGCGAAAUCUCAGUUCGCGAGCAGAGCGCAGAAAGACAAGAGCGGCUUUGUAGCAAGACAAUGGGAGAAUAG